AUGCCUCGUUCCAAGCGCGCGCGCGUCGUUCACGAGACUAGAACCGCAAAGAAGUCUCACAAGGAACAGACUAGACGGUUGUACGCCAACAUUCGCGAAUGUGUCGAGAGCUAUGAGCACCUGUUUGUCUUCUCAGUCGAUAAUAUGCGCAACACAUACCUGAAGGAUGUGCGCACCGAGUUUGCUGAGGAUGGCCGCCUCUUCUUCGGCAAGACAAAAGUCAUGGCCGUCGCCCUGGGCCACAGCCCCGAGACCGAAGCUGCCACAAACCUCCACAAACUCACCCCCUACCUCACCGGCGCCGUCGGCCUCCUCUUCACCUCUCGAGACCCAGAUUCAGUCACCGGCUACUUCGACACCUUCCGCCCCGCUGAUUUUGCCCGUGCCGGAACCGAGGCCACCCGCUCUUUCACGAUCCCCAAUGGCCUUGUGUACUCGCGGGCUGGAGAGAUCCCGACAACUGACGAUCAGCCUAUCAGCCAUACUAUUGAACCCGAGCUGCGGAAACUGGGUGUCCCUACGCGUCUUGUGAAGGGCAAGGUCAUGUUGGAGUUGACUGAGGGGGAAGAGGGGUAUGUUGUGUGCCGGGAAGGAGAGACGUUGGAUUCGAGACAGACGACUCUACUCAAGCUGUUUGGUGUUGCGAUUUCUGAGUUCCAUGUUGGGCUGAAGGCUCAAUGGCGGAAUAACGGGGAAAUUAAGAUUCUUGAACAGGGCCAAGGGGAGAUGGAGGUCGACGGGCAAUAA